AUGACUGAUACUCAACCUGCUGUUGUAGCUCCUGCUAUAAUCAACAAGAAGGCACAUUUGAACGCUUUGGUGUUGGAUGCUACGCCGCUCAUUACUCAGUCGUACACGCACUAUCAAAACUAUGCUCAAUCAUUUUAUACCACACCAACUGUGUUCCAUGAAAUCAAGGAUGUCAAUGCUAGAAAGAAUUUGGAGAUCUGGCAAAGUCUGGGAACUUUGAAACUUGUACAUCCAUCAGCAGAAUCGAUACAAAGGGUCAGCAAUUUUGCCAAACUUACCGGUGAUUAUUCAGUCUUAAGUGCCAAUGAUAUACAUAUCUUGGCCCUGACCUACCAACUAGAAUGUGAUUUGAACAAUGGUGACUGGAGAUUGAGGAAAAAGCCAGGCGACAUUUUACAGAAACAAACUGAAACCACUUCCGUUGACGCUGGAAAGAAGAAGAAAAAUCGUAGAAGAGGUGGUAAGAAGCAGAGAGCUAAGAGAGAAGCACAAUUAGUGGAAGAAGCUUCUAAUGAAGAGCCGAAAUUAAUGGAAGAAGCUUCCAACCAAGAACCACAAAUUGAAGGAAAUGCUGCUGAAGAAGUGACGGAAAAAGAUGAAAUACCUGAAAUGGAAGAAACUUCUGACAAGACGGAGCUUCUAGAAGAGUAUUUAGAAGAAGAUGAUGAUGGUGAAUGGAUUACACCUGAUACAUUGACAGAAACAAUGAUCAAGGACAGUGGAGAAGACACCACGGGAUCAAGAAAUGCGGAACUCAGUGAAAAGGAAUUAUCCCAAGCCUUAAAUAAUCCAAAGAACCAAGUCGCGCUUGCGACUGGUGAUUUUGCCGCCCAAAAUGUGGCUUUACAACUCAAUCUUAACCUGAUGAAUUUCAUGUCCGGUUUAAGAAUAAAAAGGUUACGUAACUAUAUGUUACGUUGUCAUGCGUGUUUCAAAUUGUACCCACUACCAAAGGAUGGAAGAUCAAAACAUUUCUGUCCAUCUUGCGGUGGUCAAGGUACUUUACUGAGAUGUGCCGUGUCAGUAGACUCCGAAACCGGUAAGAUAACACCACAUUUAAAGGCAAAUUUUAAAUGGAACAACAGAGGUAACCGAUACUCUCUUUCCAGCCCUCUUUCUAAAAAUUCUCAAAAGAAAUAUGGUAAAAAGGGCUACGUUCAUAGCAAACCGCAAGAAUCUGCCAUAUUGAGAGAAGAUCAAAAAGAAUAUGAAAAGGCACAGAAACAAGAAGAGUGGACCAGAAGACACAACGAAAAAGUUUUAGACAAUUGGAUUGGUGGUGGAUCUGCCGAAAAUUAUAUAUCACCAUUUGCAGUUACUGGUCUAAAACAUCACUCUGUGCGCGUUGGCAGAGGAAGAUAUGUUAACAGCACCAGAAGAAAGAAAUAA